GCUCAAGGCUUUUUAGUACAAGUACUUUUGGUCUCUGAUCGUCAUAGCUCCGUAUAGCUAUCGAUACCGAAUAGUUUCGUAUAACUUCAAUUUCAAUCCUGCACGGUCCAAGCUAUGUUUCAAGUCCUGGCGCAGCUGUGUGCAGUGGGGUUUGUAACUACUUGCGCUGAGCACGUGGACCUGCAGCUCAUGCAGAUGCACACGGCCAGUCUCUUGCGUGGCAGUGAGAUCUGGCCGGGAUGCAGUACUUCAACCCAGGGCGACGAGUGUUACGAGAAGGUGAUGUGGGCGAUGCGGACGGGCAUCAAACAACACCCAAAGUGGUAUAUCCCUCUGACGAGUAAUUCCAGCUUUGAGGACUUCCAGCAGCACCUGCACACCGUGGAUCGGCUCUCUGACGUGUGCCCCAAGCCAUGCGCAGCGGCGCAGUCAGAGGAGCGACCGACAGAGCAGUUGCCCGCAGUGCCACAUGCAUGCCGCACCAGUGUUGAGGGCGACGAGUGUUACGAGAAGGUGAUGUGGGCGAUGCGGACGGGCAUCAAACAACACCCAAAGUGGUAUAUUCCUCUGACGAGUAAUUCCAGCUUCGAGGACUUCCAGCAUGGUAUAUUCCUCUGA